AUGGUGGAGACCUUAGCUGCAGGGCGAUUCCACCACCAGAGGUUGGACUUCCGGCGAUGGAUUCCGGGAUUCGUGUCGUCCCAUAGGACCAUCUUCACGGCACUCUGGGUCUUGGUUUUUUUGUCUCUUUUCGUUUGGCAGAGGAAUUUAAUAGAUGGGUUUUCGAUCUUCGGCCGACCCGUGACGAAACCCAUGCCUAAGCUUCGACCUGUGGCCUUCAAUUUGACGGAUUUUGGGGCUGUGGGUGAUGGGGUUACUGUGAACACGAAUGCCUUUGAGAGGGUCAUAUUGGCUAUUUCUAAGUUGGGCAAGAAAGGAGGAGGCCAGCUCAAUGUGCCUCCAGGUCGGUGGCUUACAGCGCCGUUUAAUCUAACUAGUCAUAUGACUCUCUUCCUUGCCGAAGAUGCUGAAAUACUUGGAAUUCAGUGGGUGUAUGAUGAAGAAGAAGAUUGUGGUAGAGAAGGGUCACGGUGUUACGGUGUUGUGGUGGUGUUUGGUUACUGUAUUGCAAUGGUGGUGGGUUGUGGUGGUACCGAGAAUAAGAUGAAUAUGAAGAUGAAAAGGGAGGUGAAAGUGAUGAUGAACAGUACCUGUAAGAUAAAGGUGGGGAAGCCGAUUGUUGGUGGGCACUCCACCGUCGAAAUCGCCAUUCUCCGCUUGAAUCUCUAA